AACAAAGAAAUAAAAUAAACUAUCAACGUACUUUUACUUUCAACGCUUUCAAAUUGUUUGAAUUCACAAUUCAAUAAGAGACUUAACUUGAAUAUUUAUUAAUUAAUUAAUAAUAAUACAAUUAUUGUUAUUGUAAUAAUUUUGGAGUGUAAACAGCUGGAGAUUUAGUAUUUCUUACGUUUGUUUUUGUGAAAAAUAAUCAUGUCUGUUGAUCAGAUUCAGUACUCUGAAAAAUAUUGUGAUGACAAAUUUGAGUACAGGCACGUCAUUUUACCGUCUGAUAUUGCUAAAAAUGUUCCCAAGUCGCAUUUAAUGUCUGAGACUGAAUGGCGUAAUUUAGGAGUACAACAAAGUCCUGGUUGGGUUCAUUACAUGAUGCAUGGUCCAGAGCCGCACGUUUUGUUAUUUCGCCGAGCAAGGACAGAUUUACCGGCACCCAUAAGAACCUCACAAGCAGAAAGUCGAGCUACUCGAUGUAAUUAAAGGAACAGACAUAUUUAUCGAAGCAUGUUAUAUAUAUUAAGAACAUAAUUAUUUAUUUUUUGUAUUAUUGAAUUGAAUACGCGUUCGUACUUGAAUAAUUAAUAGUGUGUUGUAAUAAGUACUAGCAACGGUUUUAUUCCAGACAAAAGUAUUUAUUAAAUCUUUACAACUAUCAAUUAAUAUGGAAUAGAUAUAGUUAAGUUAAAAAUUAAUAAAAUUUUCAAUUUUCAUAUA